AGACACUCCUCAACCUCUCCCAGACAUCCAAGAAUAAUAAUAAUAAUACAGAAGAACCUUCACUCUCAUCACCAUGAAGGGAACCUGGGCUGUCGUCCUUUGUUCAUUGCUCCUGAUUGCAGCUGAAAUUCAAGGGCAGCCGACCUAUGGAAAAGGACGUUGCAGCUGCGUAGACAAAGGUUCUGAUUUAGUUCAGCCAAAAGCCUUAAGAAAAAUAGAAGUGAUUCCCAAGAGCUCUUCCUGUGACCAUGUUGAGAUCAUUGCAACAAUGAAGGCCACUGGUGUGCAAAGAUGCUUGAACCCUAAUUCCAAACUGGUACAGAAGAUGAUGACAACCCUCAUCAAGAAAAGGUCUUCACAAAGCACUCACCGGUAAAGGAGAAGAGCUAAAGAUCACUUCAACAGAGUAAUGAGAUUUUAGGAUUUCAGUGCUAUAGGCUCCCUCUUUGAGCCACACGGACAGGUUAUUAUAUUAUUAUAAUCAUAACUACGAGAAAAAAAAUAAUAUUCUCAGGUAACACAUACUAAGAAUUCCAAGUUAUUUUUUCUAUCAGGUUUGAAAUUAAUGUAAUUAAUAUUAAUUUAUAUAAUAUCACAUAUGAUUGUUGUUCUAGGGUACGUGAAACAUUUGUCUGUAGGCUUUAUAAAUAAAAUUGAAGAAGGCUUAUAAUCUAAAGCUAACCACACUCUGUGUUUAACUGAUGUAUAAACGUAUAUAGAUUAAAUGCAUCUGAAAUAUAACAAAUGGCUAAUAUAAUAUUCACAACAUUCCUUGUGUUAGACUUCCUCUUUUAAAGAUAAACCAAUUAAAGUGAA